AUGAAGGAUGAGCAUGAGAAGAAACGAGCAGCGAAGUUGUCCGAGCGUUUAAAAAGAAAGAAGAAUUGUGUAUUGAUUCUUGAUGAUGUGUGGGAGCGUCUUGAUCUUGAAGAGGUGGGAAUCCCUGUGAGAGCAGAUGGAUUUAAGUUGGUCUUAACCACUCGAUCCUUUAAUGUGUGCCGCCAGAUGCUAUGUCAACAGAAGAUAAAAAUCGAACCUCUAUCUGAAAAAGAAGCCGAGGGUUUAUUUUUGAAGGAGCUUGGAUCCGAAGUGACACUUAAUUUGGAAAUUGAAGCAAUUGUAAAGUCCAUUGUUAAAGAAUGUGCAGGCUUGCCGAUUGGAGUAAUCACGAUGGCAAGAAGCAUGCGAGAAGUGACCGAAGUGUCUGAAUGGAGUGAUUCCUUGGUGAAAUUGAGAGAUUCAAGUAUAGGGCAAACCGAUAUGCAGAACAGGGUGUUAAUGAAGCUGAAAUUCAGUUAUGAUCGGCUUGGUAAGCCUGAUGUCCAACAGUGUUUCUUAUCUUGUGCGCUUUAUCCUGAAGAUAAGUUGAUCAACAAGUUCAAGUUAGUAGAAUUAUUUAUUGACCAAGGAUUGAUUGGUGGAUUGAGUACGAGGAAGGAACAAUAUGAUAGAGGCCUCUCCAUCUUGAACGAACUAGAAAAUGUUUGCUUAUUGGAAAAUCAUUGGGGGCAGGUGAAGAUGCACGAUUUAAUUAGAGACAUGGCAUUACUCAUCAUGAGUGCGACUUCCAUUGUAAAAGCAGGAAAGUGGUUGAGGAGAAUUCCGCCUGAGGAAUAUUGGACGGAUGUUUUGGAGAAAGUUUCUCUAAUGGAAAAUAACAUUAGAGAAUUUCCAUUGAACUUCUCACCAAGUUGCCCUAAGCUAUCAACACUUCUAUUGGAUUAUGGCUUGUCACGUGAUUCGGUCAUCCCUGAUUGUUUCUUUGAAAAAUUAUGGGGGCUGAAGGUUCUAAAUUUGAGUGGAUAUAAUAUGUCGGAACUUCCAAAUUCCAUGUCAGACUUGGUAAACUUGAGAGCACUAUUGCUAAGAGAUUGUAGGGAAUUGCGCCGUAUUCCUUAUCUAGGGAAGCUCACGUCUUUAAGAAAGUUGGACGCUAGUGGCUGUGAGAGUCUGGAAGUGCUCGAGGGCUUGGAAAUGUUGGUGAACUUGAGAUACCUUGACCUUACCGAAACAAGUAUUGAGAGAUUGCCCAAAGGAACACUGGACCAUUUGCUAAACUUGCAAUGUCUUGAAGUUUCAGCGGUAAAUGAAGAAGACAUUACAAAAUUGGGGGCAUUGGAGACAGUCGGAUGCUACCCUCAAAAUGCGGAUGAUUUCAACAAGUGUGUGAGGGUUAUUGAGCAGAGUGAUAACCCUCGCUAUUACAACCUCAUCGUGAAUCUAGGAAUCUCAGAGUUUGUUGCGGAAGUAAGUGAUGAUGCUCGAUUUGGGAAUCUGGAGAGGAGUGUCAAAAUUGAGGAGUGGGGUCAUGCUAUUGUGAGCGUGGGAGGGGAAUACACCGGCAUUUUUAUUUUGAUUCCCCGAGAUGUGCAGACAAUGACAAUGACAAAAUGCAACGGUAUAACAAAUUUGCCCGGCAUGGGUCGGCUUGAAUACCUUGAGGGGCCAGAAAUAGGAGAACGGAUGAACUUAGUGGUGCUCCGUGGAGGACCUGAUGAAGUAAUCGACAUCCAUGACUCCCCUGCCACAGCCCCUACCCCUCUCUUCUUCUCAAGCCUUAGGGUUUUGAAAAUAGAAGAAUGUCCGAAACUGAAGUAUCUCUUUGUGCACGAUUCUAAAUCCAACCUUCCGCAUCUACAAAAGAUUGAAAUAUCUGAUUGUGAGGAAAUGGUGGGGAUAAUAGCAGCAGUUACAUCCCCACCACCACAUCUGCUCCCAUUUUUCCCAAGUCUGGAAGAGAUUUCUGUUGACUGCUGUGAUAAAAUGAAGAGAGUGGUGGAAUCCGAGUGGAUGCCCCACUUCCCUAAUCUGAGAAUAAUUAAAGUACUUGGUUGUGGCAAGAUGGAGGAGAUAAUCGGAGAUCCUCCCCCAUGCUUGCCAGUUGAAGAGAUUUCUCUCAAAUUUCUUGACGUAGAUGAAUGUGAUAACAUGAGAAAGCUGUUUUCACAUGAGUGGCUGCUCCAUCUUCGAAAUCUUCAAAGUAUUGAGGUUACAUGGUGUGUAGGAAUGGUGGAGAUGAUAAGCGGAGCGGGACAAGGCCAAGAAGGAAGCACAAUGACUCCUGUAAACAACAUCCCUUCAUCCUUCCAGCCUUCAAUUUCUCUCCCGAAGCUGGAGCGGUUGGAGCUAUACAUUCUACCCCAGCUGAAGAGCAUAUGCAAAGUCCCAAUAAGCUGCGAUUCCAUGAAAGAAUUGGUAGUUGACGAUUGUCCAGAACUGAAGGAGAUUCCUUUGCGACUGCAAUUGUGUGGAAUUGAGGAGCUUCCGCAUGUUUAUGUGGAACAUGAGGAAAAGUGGAAGACGCUAAUGUGGGAUCAUCCGAAUGCUCAGGCUAUUCUUCAACCUUAUCUCCGAAAUGGGAAACAUGCUAAAUAUCCUUUUUGGUGGGAGGGGACGAGUCCUCCAAAUGCUAUAGAAUUGGACGCCAGAGAAAGGUUAUCCCAUGACUCUGCUCUUGAAGAAAGCCCUGCUGCUCGGCCAUGCUUUCCUGCAAAGUUGACUCAAUCGCAUGUUUUAUUGACUACUGGAAAUGAGUCGAUCUGGUCGACAUUUCAGAUGGAGAACUCUACAGCUUCAGCUCAAGUUGCUGAAAGAUCAGAGCAGUUACCACUGGCAAGUCAAUGGCAAAAAGGCCAGCUUAUUGGACGUGGCACUUUCGGAAGUGUUUACAUUACAAGCAACCAGGAACUAAAGGGAGCUAAUUUAUUUGUGGAUGCAUCUGGGAUAUUCAAACUUGCUGACUUUGGGAUUGCUAAACAUCUAACUGGACAAGCAGCUUACUGCUCUUUGAAGGGAAGUCUAAAUUGGAUGGCUCCAGAGCUCAUACAGUCCUUGGUGGCGAAUAAUUACAGCACGGAUCUCGAUCGUACUGCUGACAUGUGGAGUUUGGGACAUACUAUUACCAAAAUGAUAACUGGGAAACCUCCUUGGAGUGAGUGUGAGCAGGCUCAAGCUAUAUUUAAGGUGAUAGCGAAGUUCUUUAGCAAUACCUAA